AUGUCUUGUGCUGAUAGGCAUUCUAUCUGGUUAAGAAGCCCACCGACAGUGAGGGAGAUAGACGCUCGGGACGCUCCUGCGGCGAACGGCAUGUCAACGUGGGAAGCGCGCCGCGUCCAGGCCAUAGAUUACGGGCUUGAGGUAAAGUCCCAACCGCGCCCGGCUUGCCGUUUUAAGCAGACGCAGAAAUUCCUGGGCUCACACUGGGCUGGACUAGACGAUGCCAAGGACCAAGGUAGGACAUCGAGCAUAGGGGCCGCUAGUGCUGGUCAGGGACCCAAGGCUAUCCGAGAGGAGGCAAGUGCCUACCUACCUGUAUGA